GUUUAACAGGUGCGUCAGGUAAGACCUUUGUACCCGGAAGGAAAAACAAUACAGGAAAAAAAAGAACAAAAAAAAAAAACGAGUCCAUUAAGAGGAAGGCACCAGCUUCUCACCUGCCGAACAGCAGAAUAAAAACAGACUCAACGAUGGAUAACAACAUCGAGCAGGAACUGGAGUCUCAGUUCAACGAUGUGGUUUCCAGACUGACGUCCAAGCAGUUCUUCCAGUCUGACUGGGACAUCGCCUCUUUUGCCAUCUUCUUCAUCUUCAUCGGUAUGGUUCUCCUGCUGGUCAUCCUGGUCCUGAUCCGCUGCUGCUGCUGCUGUUGCUGUGACGACAAGCCCCGACGACGGAAGGUCGGCAUAGAAAACAUGGCCCUGGAGCCCUGAGAGCCGAAACUGACCCGAAGAUGGAAGCAGCGGAGCCUCACAGUCCCACUCCCCGUGCCAAAACAAAAAAAACUAAAAAGAAAAACGCUUUUAUUCACCACGUUGCCUUUAAACUAAACAUUUCUAUUUGCACACACAACAAAUUGUUGUUCACAAGCUCUUUUGCUAAUGAAAUCUUAACACGUGAUCCUGCAGACUGUCUCUACGACGUGAGCUCGAUUGCUCGGAUGCCACAGAGUUCGACUGUCUGUGUUUUUACGCCUCUGUAGAUUUGAGUACGACUUCUUAAUCUGACGCUGAAAUGAUGACGACAUUUAACUUUGAAGGAUUUACUUAAUAAUAAAACAUUUAUACUUUGUUAAUGUA